UUCCGUGAUCGGGUUGAAUCAGUUGGCUGGAUAGCUUGUAACGGUAAGGAACUAAAUUCGGUACUAAACUAGAAGCUCGUGAGUGUCAGUAAAGUGAAGUAUUGUGAGGUAUUGUGCGCAACCGAUAUCUGAAUACUAUAAGUGGACACUUGAAGCUAGUGAAUAGUGUAUCAAGUGCAUUGAAAAGUGUUGUGAAUGAUAAUACAGAUAGCCCCAGUGUCAGUCCAAUGACAUUCGAAGAGUUUUGUGGGGGUCCCUUUUGGGACGAUGAUCUUACCUGGCGUGAGGACGAUCCCGAUCUGACAUUCUGCUUUCAGCGCAUUAUACUACAAUGGACACCGUGCUUUUUUCUGUUUGUCUUCUCCUUGUACGAGGUGCUUCGUAUUGUUACCAGUCGGUAUCGAGAUAUACCAUGGAACUGGUACAACAUAACGAAGAUGAUCUUCACCUUCGCACUGAUGGUGAUGUCUUGGGUUGAUCUUGGCGUCGUCGUACAGAACCUGGACGAGCCGGAAGUGUUUGAUGUACAGAUACUGGUGGCAAUUUUCAAUGCCCUCGCCUACAUUAUGGUAAUGGCAUUGUACUUCUUCUACCGCAAGUACGGCAUCCGUAGUACCGGUACGAUGUUUAUCUUCUGGUUCUUGAAGGCUUUCUUCGGUAUUAUUCAAAUGCGCACUGAAGCAAUGUUGCACGAUGUGCGUGGCUCCGGCACAGGAGAUUUUGCCGAGUUCCAGUUUGUCAGUUACACCAUUCAGUACACGUUUGUCUGCUGUGUGUUAUUGCUGGAACUUAUACCCGACAAGGAACCAAGGUACAGUGAGUGGGCAAAGCUCAAAAAUCCCAACCCUGAGCUGAGUACGAGCUUUUUCUCGAGGCUGUUCUAUCUGUACUUCGAUUCUUACGCGUGGCGAGGAUUCCGCAAACCACUCACCGACGACGACAUGUACGAUCUAAAUCCGGAGGAUACAUCCAGGGCGUUGGUACCUCCGUUCGAUAAAUACUGGUUUGAGAGUGUAGAGAAAGGCCGUCGCAAGCAGAUCGCAGCUGAUAAGAAGGCUGGCAAAACGGGGCUUGUGUACAAACCGAACGCAGCAACGAAUGGAUCAGUGCUUCCAGCGAUGGUGAAAGCUUACGGCGGACCGUUCUGGUUCGCUGGAAUGUUACAGUUUGCCAUCUCGGGACUGCAGUUUGCAUCACCAUACCUCAUGCAGGAGAUGAUGGCUGUUAUUGCAUUGGAUGGUCCAUUUUGGAAAGGUAUGAUUAUUACUCUGGGAUUGUUCCUGACGUCGUUGCUGGUUGCGCUAUUCAACGGCCAGUACUUCCACCGGACGUUCCUCGUUGGAUUCCGUAUUCGCACGGGUUUGGUUAGUGCCAUCUACCGGAAGGCGCUUCGAAUUUCUAGCUUCGCAAAGAAGGACACCACCGUGGGUGAAAUUGUAAACCUAAUGGCCGUGGAUGCGCAACGUUUCUUUGAAUUAACGUCCUAUCUGCAUGUCCUGUGGUCAGCUCCAUUAAUUAUUGCACUUUGUAUUUAUCUGCUGUACGAGCUGCUGGGACCGGCUGUGUUUGCUGGUUUGGGCGUGAUGGUAAUUAUGAUCCCGAUCACUGGCUUCAUUGCGACGCGUAUGCGUGAUCUGCAAGUGGAGCAAAUGGAAAUCAAGGACGAACGAGUGAAGAAGAUGAACGAAAUUCUCGGCGGUAUUAAAGUGCUGAAGCUGUACGCAUGGGAACCAAGCUUCCAGGAUACGGUUGUGACUGUACGUAACCAGGAGUUAGAUGUGUUAAAACAUGCCGCAUACUACGGAGCAGGAACGUACUUCGUUUGGACGAUGGCACCAUUCCUGGUGACACUCGCUUCCUUUGCAGUGUUCGUGAUGGUCGACGAGGAAAACGUUCUCGAUCCUCAGACGGCAUUUGUGGCAUUGGCACUGUUUAAUAUUCUACGCUUCCCGCUGGCCAUGUUCCCGAUGAUGAUAACGUUCGCGAUGCAGGCCUGGGUAUCUAUCAAGCGUAUCGAUAAGUUCAUGAACAGCGAAGAACUCGAUCCGAACAACGUUACGCACAACAAGAGUGAAAAUGCGCUAGAGUUGAAAGAUGGCACGUUCUCGUGGGGAGAUGAUGCGCCGACGCUGAAGAACAUCAAUCUGGCACUUCGUAGAGGUAAACUGUCAGCUGUCGUUGGAGGUGUAGGUACUGGUAAGAGCUCGCUGAUAUCGGCACUACUUGGCGAGAUGGAAAAGAUGAAGGGAUCGGUCAAUACGGAUGGCUCUAUAGCGUACGUUCCACAACAAGCCUGGAUCCAGAAUGCCACUCUGCGUGACAACAUCCUCUUCGGAUUACCUUUCGACCAGGCAAAGUACGAUAAAGUGAUCGACUGUUGUGCCCUGCGGCCCGAUCUGGAUAUGCUUCCCGGUGGAGAUACGACGGAAAUCGGUGAGAAGGGAAUCAAUCUUUCGGGAGGACAAAAGCAACGUGUUGCUCUGGCUCGUGCUGUGUACGCCGACUCUGAGAUUUAUCUGUUUGACGAUCCGUUAAGUGCUGUGGACGCUCAUGUAGGAAAGCACAUCUUCGAGAAGGUGGUUGGACCAUCGGGAAUGCUGGUGGGCAAGUCACGUCUACUAGUUACACACGGUAUUUCGUUCCUUCCGUUCGUGGAAGAAAUAUUCGUCAUGAAGGAGGGAGAGAUAUCGGAAAGCGGAUCAUAUCAAGAACUGCUCGACCAAAAGGGUGCAUUUGCCGAGUUCCUUACGCAACACAUUCAAGAAAUGGACGACGAGGAUGAGGAUGAACUGAAAUUGAUCCAGGAAGCUCUUAAAGAUGGUGAGGCUAAGAAAAUCGUACAACGUGCAAUGUCCACACGGUCCCAACGAUCGGGUAGCAGCAAUGGAAGUGUACGCAAGAAGCGUAUCAGUCGAGCAGAAUCACGUAAUAGCAACAAACCGCGUGCAGUAGAGCAACCCACUCAGCAAUUUUCCGCUGCUACCUUAAUCGAGAAGGAGGAAUCGGCAACGGGAGCCGUCGGCUAUAUGGUGUACGUGAAAUACUUUAAAGGCAUCGGUCUGUGGCUUGGAUUUUGGUCGAUCUUCUUCAGCGUGAUCAAUCAGGGCGCAUCUAUUUACGCUAACAUUUGGCUUACUGACUGGUCUGAGGAUCCGGAGGCCGCAACGGAUAACUCAGUACGAGACAUGUACCUUGGUGUGUACGGUGGACUUGGUGGUGCACAGUCGAUUGCUCUUCUAAUUGCCUCCGUUACGCUCGCCUUGGGGUGUGUACGUGCGGCCCGCGAACUUCACCACAAUCUGCUCGAAAGCUCCAUGCGAAUGCCUAUGUCUUUCUUCGAUACGACACCGUUGGGGCGUAUCAUGAACCGUUUCUCGAAGGAUGUGGACGUGGUGGACAACAUACUGCCGCAAUCCAUUCGUGCUUGGCUGCUCAUGUUCUUCAACGUGGUCGGUGUGUUCGUGGUGAUCGGUAUCUCCACACCCGUUUUCUUGGCCGUCGUGCCCGCGUUCCUCGUGGUGUACUACUUGAUUCAGAAGUUCUACAUUGCCACCUCCCGGCAGCUGAAGCGUCUCGAGUCGGUCACACGUAGUCCGAUCUAUUCCCACUUCGGAGAAAGUAUUACAGGCCAGAGCACAAUCCGUGCUUAUGGACAGCAGGAUCGUUUCAUGAACGAGUCUGAACAGCGUGUGGAUUACAACCAGCUUACCUCUUACCCUAGUAUCAUCGCCAAUCGAUGGCUCGCAGUACGACUUGAAUUGGUCGGUGCAUUGGUCGUUUUCUUUGCCGCACUGUUCGCCAUGGUCGCCCGAGACAGCAUCGGACAGGCAACAGUUGGACUCUCCAUCAGCUAUGCUCUGCAAAUAUCGGCAACACUUAGUUUCCUCGUACGUAUGACGGCUGAAGUCGAGACGAACAUUGUCGCUAUUGAACGGUUGGAGGAGUAUACCGUACUUCCGCGAGAAGCCGAAUGGCAGAAGGGAACUGUGGACAAAGCAUGGCCUGCAGAAGGAAAGGUCGAAUUCAAGGACUAUCAGAUCCGAUACCGCGAGGGUCUUGAUCUGGUCAUUCGUGGUAUCUCGCUCAACGUUCGUGGAGGAGAAAAGAUCGGUAUUGUUGGUCGUACCGGAGCCGGAAAGUCCAGUUUGACACUUGGCCUCUUCAGAAUUGUCGAAGCGGCCGGAGGACAAAUCGUCAUCGACGGACUUGACAUCUCCCAAAUGGGACUUCACCAGUUGCGUGGACGGUUGACCAUCAUUCCACAAGAUCCGGUUCUGUUCUCUGGUACUCUGAGAGCCAACGUGGAUCCCUUCAAGAGUUACAGCGAUGAUCAAGUAUGGAAGGCUCUCGAGUUGUCCCAUCUGAAGGCGUUUGUGAAGGGAUUAGGCGCGGGACUGGAUCAUGAGAUCGCCGAGAACGGAGAGAACCUUUCGGUAGGACAACGACAGCUGAUCUGUUUGGCACGUGCUGUACUGCGAAAGACGAAGGUGUUGAUUUUGGAUGAAGCGACGGCGGCAGUAGAUCUCGAGACGGAUGAUUUGAUUCAGAAAACAAUCCGUACGGAGUUCGCCGACUGUACAAUUCUCACCAUCGCUCAUCGAUUGAACACAAUUCUCGACUCGGAUCGUGUUCUGGUACUCGACAAGGGUUUGGUAGCCGAGUGUGACUCACCCCAAAGUCUGCUAGCGAACAGAGAAUCCAUAUUCUUUGGCAUGGCGAAGAAUGCCGGAAUUGUAAGCUAGGAUCACUGCCACACUGCAUUGAUGCCUGGUGAAUCUCGAAUCGAUAUCGACUUGCCUCAAAAAGAGCUUGUAUAAAUCAGGUCAGAAAAGGUCGAAUGCUAGCACAGUUUUGUCGUGAGUCAGAAUCGGGAAGCGAUCAGUUCAAUACAAGCAAAUUUGUUUGACAACUGAUAAAAGAAAGGCAAUUGAAGCAAUUGCCAAUGGCCACUACCGGUAUAUGGAGAUGGCAAUAUUUAUUUCACACAAAUUUAUAAUGAUAUUGAUUAAAUAAAAAUGAUAUAUUACAAUA